UUAAAUAUAUAUAGAGCACAAAGGUGUAAAUGCGCAAGUUCAUAACAGCGUAUUAAAUAAUUAUAAAUAAAUAUAUACCAUUUGUUGAUGCUGUCAUAAUCUGUAUGAAUAAAUAAAUAAAGUAAUAAUUGUUAAAAUUGGAUAAUCAUCAGGUCGCUGAUUAUUUAAUUUUCAAAUAAUAAUAAAAUACGAGUGAGGUUAUAAUUUAUAAAAAUAAAAAAACCAAAGUUUGGUUGAAAAAGUUUAAAUUGGUUUUAAAAAUAAACAUAAAAACAAUCAUAAGUUAAAAUAUUUGAAAUUCGGUGAUAAUUCCAGUGAUGUCCAUCGUGACAAUAAAAAUCUAAAAAAAAAUAUUGGCAUUAAGUUUUUUCUUGUAGCAGCAACAAGAAGAAUUUACAAUAUAAUAUAUCGGUUUGUUCUGGUUGGUCGUUGUCAUUUGAAAACGGAAGCCAUCUUGUGGCCAUCGAGAGUCUCCGCUAACAAUCAUAUCGUUGAUACGGAAUUUAUAAAUUAAUAGUUAUUUAUUUUAUUUAAAAUAGUUUAUUUAAUAAAUAAUAACCAAUCAAUUGUUUUGUUUAUAUAUUUAACUUGAUAUUUGGACUAUGCAUGAAUUAUUAAACCAUAUGUUUACAUAGCCAUGGCUGCGACGAGAAAGUUGCAAGGUGAAAUAGAUAGGUGCCUUAAGAAAGUUUCUGAAGGUGUGGAAACGUUUGAGGACAUCUGGCAGAAGGUGCACAAUGCGACCAACAGCAAUCAGAAGGAAAAAUAUGAGGCUGAUCUCAAAAAGGAAAUCAAGAAACUCCAGAGGUUACGUGACCAGAUUAAAAGCUGGAUCGCUUCUGGUGAAAUAAAAGACAAAAGUACAUUGUUUGAAAACAGAAAAUUAAUUGAAACGCAAAUGGAACGAUUCAAAGUCGUGGAAAGAGAAACUAAAACUAAAGCAUACUCAAAAGAAGGACUGGGAGCUGCACAGAAACUCGAUCCAGCUCAAAAAGAACGGGAGGAAGUGAGCAACUGGCUGGCGAAUUCAAUAGAAACGUUGAAUCUACAGUUAGACACUUUUGAGUCAGAGAUCGAGUCGCUGCUGGCGGGAAAGAAGAAGAGGCUGGACAAAGACAAGCAGGACAGGAUGGACGAGUUGAAGUCUAAACUCGACAGACACCGGUACCAUAUAUGUAAACUGGAGACGCUGCUCCGCAUGCUAGAUAACAUGUCCGUUGAAGUCAACACGAUAAAGCGGAUAAAGGAUGACGUCGAGUACUACAUCGAGUCCUCCCAAGAGCCGGACUUUGAGGAAAAUGAGUACAUUUAUGAUGACAUAAUUGGCCUGGAUGAAGUGGAGCUCUCGGGUGUGGGCAUUCCCUCCUCGGCGACAACUGACAGCAAUAACAGCAACGAAACCGGCGGGACUCCGACUUCGACAAACUCUUGUACUUCGCCGAUACCAUCUCCACCUUUAAGCUCUACAAUGCACAAUAACUCGAGCGAUAGUUCGACUGAUAACGACAAAAAAACCAAGCCCGUUAAACCAACCGCAGUUAGGCCGCUACUGAACUCGUCGCAAACGAGCAUUCCAACGACGGGUAGUCCUGCCAACAACAACAACAACAACAAUAAUAAUAAUAAUAAUAGUAAUAGUAAUAGUAAUAACAAUAAUAAUAACAAUAAUAAUAAUAAUAGUAAACCUAGUACAUUAACGAGCAGUACACCAAGUAAAACCAUUCCCAUGACACCUAGCCAUAGCUCGCCUAAUUCGAAUAACAAUCAUGUUGCUACGAGUAAUGCCGGUAAUUUUGCCACCGUUGCUGCUUCGCACACUAAUUCACAAACUGUUCAUUCUACCUCGAAAAUAUCAUCUCAAAGUAGCGAGAAUGGCCUGUUGUCAUCAUCAAUGUCUAGCAUUACUUCACCAGUAUCUCAGUCAAUUGCGCAGCAACUACAGCAGUCUCAACAGCAGCUGACAACGUCAUCGCAACUGCAAUCUCCGGCACCAGCGCCUCAACAUCAAUCGCUGCAGUUGACGUCACAGCCGCAGAUAACCUCGCCGCAGGUGCAGAAUGUCGCGCAACAGCAACUGCACAGCAAUCCCGUAGCUCCGUCGAGUGGGUCGAAUCUUCAGUCGACGCACAUACUGCAUCAGCCGAGUCAGAAUCAUAACAGCAACGACACAGAGAUACCGACACCGGUGCCCCCGGCCUCCCCGCACUCUUCAGACAGCAGCAGGCCCUCGCCAGUAAAUGCCAGCUCUCCGAUUCCCUCCACUGCCAACGGUCUCAUAUCAAAACUCCCCGAUGGCAUGUCGUCUCUAAAGUCGAUUGCGCAGCAAGUUAUCGUAAGAGCUGGACUCGAGAUACCACCUGGUGAACCCACCAGGAAUAUUUUUGAUAAUUCAAAGACAAAUAAUGCCACAUCUGAGGCACAUAUUCCACCGUUACUCGGUGUAGCUCCUCUUGGGCCGGUCCCACUGCAAAAGGAACAUCAGAUGCAGUUCCAGAUGAUGGAAGCUGCUUUUUAUCAUAUGCCACAUCCUUCUGAUUCUGAGAGGCUCAGGUCUUAUUUGCCCAGAAAUUUAUGCCAGACACCGCCGUAUUAUCAGCAGGUACAGCUGCCACACUCUGAUACUGUCGAAUUCUUCCAACGACUGUCAACGGAGACGCUUUUCUUUAUAUUUUAUUAUAUGGAAGGUUCUAAGGGCCAGUAUUUGGCAGCCAAAGCACUAAAAAAACAAAGCUGGAGGUUUCACACCAAGUACAUGAUGUGGUUCCAAAGGCACGAAGAGCCAAAAAUAAUCAACGAAGAGUAUGAACAAGGCACAUAUAUCUACUUUGAUUACGAAAAAUGGGGGCAAAGAAAAAAAGAAGGCUUUACUUUCGAGUACAAGUACUUAGAAGACCGAGAUCUUAAUUAAAAAAUAAUAAUUUUUUUUUUUUUUUGAGUCUAACGUCUGCGGAGGAUCUAUGAAAAAUGCACUAAUUCUGUACACCGGUAUUAAUUGUCUAAAUCAACAACAACUGACUAAAAAUCGUAAAUAGAUUUUAUUUUAUACAUUAUAAAUUAGUGUACACUAUAUAUACAUCUAUUUUAUUUAAUUGUUCUUCGUUUACUUGAUUAAUUUAUUGGCUAAUUUAAAUUUAAACGAGUACUUGAUAUAUUUUUUUUUUUUCAUGUGCAUUAAAAAAACGAUCCGUUUGAAUUUAUUUCUAUGUAAUAAUUACUCUUUUGGAUGUAACUUUUAUUUAAAACAAACCGGGAUCGAGUAAUCAAGAUUGAAUACCCUGUUGAUUAUGAUGAUAAGGAGCCACGUCCAUUUUAAAGGGACAUAAAAUUGUAAACUACGAUUACUAUAAAGAAAAAAAAAAACAAACAAAAAAAAUGUGUGUGAGACACCGAGAUAAACACUUUUAGCGCGUAGUGUGCGGUGUGUGAUAAUGCUCGCUGGCGACUGACUCUGUAAUACCAGUACAAACAUGCAGUGCAACAUCCACCAGUUGCUUUGGAAUUUUUAAAUAUUAACACUUGAUAUAUAAAAUUUAUAAAUCUAAAAAAAAGUUUAAUAGCUUAAGGACAUUCUCAGACAGUGCCUACAUUUUUUAAAAAUAUUCAAUGACUCGAAUUUCAUGACCGUAUUAAAAUUUUAUUAAUUUAUUAAAAAAUAGACAAUUGUCAUCAAGUAUAAAUUUAAAAUAAAAUUACUUCCAGUUCUUAUCAAUUAGGAGUUGAACAAAAUGUGGAAAAUAAAUUUUAGUGAUAAAAUUUGAAUUGUGAAAUCGAUAUGAAGAUUUUACUAAAGUUUAUUUUCAAAUUUGACUCCUAAUUGAUGGCAAUUGUAAGUCAUUUUUUUUUUUAAUCUGUAUGUCGAUGAAAUUGUCCUUUUUUUAAUUAAUGCUUUAAUUUUUUUAUAAUUAAUUGACAAAAUUUGAAUACGGUUAUGACAGACGUCAUUGAAAAUUUUUAAAAAGUGGGGGGUCUGUUUGGGAAUGUUGUUAAACGAAUGAAAAAUAAUGAACCAAAAUUGAGUAAAAUAAAAUAAAAAAUUGAUAAAAUCAAACGCGUUGGUGGUGGGGCACUAUCAUGCUAUGGUAUGUCUUAAUGAUAGAUAAUAAGUAGCCUUUUUGUAUAAAGUAUAUUGAGGUAUUAAAUCCUUGAAUUUGAA